AACGCGAGAACUGAGUCGCGGAAGUAGGAAGUGAGGGAGCAGCGGGCCGGCAGCUUGGGCCCUAGGGGGGCGUUACACCGGCUCAUACCGCUAAUAGUCUGAGGGGAUGGAGGGGCGAGGGCCGCCGGGGCUCUGGCAGCGGGGGAGCGGCGGGGAGAUUGUGUCUCAAUGCCACCUCCGAAUGCCGACUGUCAGCUCCUGUAUCCGCACACCUUUGGUUCCAUUCCGGCCUUCCAGUCAUCGGAUGGUAUGAUCAAGGCGCGUCCACCCCUGCCACCCUACAGACAGUGGAGUCCCCGAUGCCUGUAAUCCCAAUUCCUCGCCGUGUUCGGUCAUUCCACGGGCCCCACACUACCUGCUUGCAUUCCGCCUGCGGACCAGUCCGAACCACGCAUUUGGUGCGCACCAAGUACAACAACUUCGACAUCUACCUGAAAUCCCGAUGGAUGUACGGAUUCAUCCGCUUCCUGCUCUACUUCAGCUGCAGCCUUUUCACAUCCAUCCUCUGGGUGGCGCUGUCUCUCCUCUUUUGCCUUCAGUAUCUGGGUAUCAGAAUAUUCCUGCGCCUCCAGUACAAACUGUCCAUCAUUCUCCUUCUGCUGGGGCGGAGGAGGGUCGACUUUAGCCUCGUCAACGAGUUGCUUAUUUAUGGAAUUCACGUGACCAUGCUGCUCGUCGGCGGGCUGGGCUGGUGCUUCAUGGUGUUUGUGGAUAUGUGAAUAGGUGCAUGCCGACGGAGACCGGGCUCAUUUUGCCUUUCUCGCAAGAGACGUCCGGGUUUCUAAUAAACGCACGUCACAUUGUUUGCGGUCUCCCGUCUAUUGCGACAGUCGCAGAGUGCUUUUAGUAUCACCCCCCAUCAGUGUUUCCAUCGGAAUCAGUGUGUUUCAAUAAAAAUGACUUAUGGUUUUAGCAUGUC